AUGGCUCCAAAACGAUUAUGCAGCUUCACUGACAAACUCCAAAAUGAAUUUCCAUUCAUUAAAAAGGUAAAAACCGACAAUAAUUUUGAUGUGCAAUGUACUGUAUGUUUGAGUACAUUUUCAGUUAGCCAUGGAGGGAAAACUGAUAUAACAUAUCAUAUGAAAUCCAAUAAACAUAAAAUAGCACAAAAGGCUGCAUUGACAUCUGGCAAAGUAAAUAAUUUUUUUACACCAUUAAAAGCUAAUGACGAAUCAUUGAAAUUAGCGGCCAAAGAAAUAACCUUAGCUUUUCAUACUGUUAUGCAUAAUCAUAGUUUUAACUCAAUGACUUGUACAGCAGAUCUUAUUCGUCUUUUAUUUAAUGAAAAAAAAUUUACUUGUGCUAAGACAAAAACCCGUGACCUAAUAGUAAAUAUUUUAGCUCCUUUCGCAAUGGAGAAUACUAUUGAAGGUUUAAAAAAAGCUAAUUAUAUCAGGGGCGCCAUUUGGGGGGGGGGCAGGGUGUGCACUCGCACACCCUGUAAUUUUGGUGUCCACAAUUGGCCUAGGCCUCAUUAA